UGCCGUUUUGACGGAACGGAACGAAAUCUUAGGCCGGAACAGAACGACUGGUUCCCAUUUUGAUGGGAAGGAGCGGGAACAGAACGAGGUUUUCCGGAACGGAACGAAGGGUCAGCCAAUGAGGAGGCGUCCCUGCGAUACGGAACUCACUUUCGUUCGGUUCCGUCCCUGAAACAUCAUGAACACCCUUCGUUCCGUACCCGAAAAUUUUGUUCUGUUCCGCUAAAAUCUCGUUCUGUUCCGAAAUCACCAACUCCAUCGUAAACCCGCCAUAACGUGUUUAUAUUUGUGAUUCUCGUCUUGGUCUUAUUUUUAGUUUUUCAGAGUAACUUAUAGGAAUUUUUAUCUAAAUGCAAAUGAAUUUCUUAGGUCAGUAGAUCAUGUUCUUCAGCCUUGUCAAUUCUUAUUUUUGAGCUAUUCGAAUGCUCCAUCGAACAGCUGUUAUUUUGGCCCUGUAGGGCGUAGGUAUCAUCCUAACCCUACCUGUUUCUAAUUCUGCGAGGAAAAACUUUCUGAUCUGGUGCAAAGUAAAUGUUGACAUUAUGAUUGGUAAUCAUACCGUAUCUUUUGUCGAGAAGCUGAAGCACUAAAUUAUAGUAAGCUGUUUGACUUGAAAAUGUCAGUACCUAAGAAAACAUGGGGAGAAUUGAAAGUUGCUGUUGGGGAUCUGCGCCAUCAACUGUCUGGCUUGUAUGCCAUGGUACCAAGCAAUAUAACCUUUCGAUCUCUUCCAAAUGGAAGAACAAGAAUAUAUUUCUUGCCAAAUCAUAUGAAUGGAAGUGAAGUUCCUCUUUUAUUUACUGAUGUCAGUGCAUCAGAUAGUACAAGUUCUAGUUCUUCCCGUCGUCUUCAGCUUAAUCAAUUACUUGAAUCAAAUUUUCCGUCCACAACAUCUGGUCUCAAACAGCCGUCUAGAGAGGAAUUAUUAAUGUGGGAAAGGAAAAGACAAUCACCAUCAUGGGGAAUCACUAGCUAUGAAUUGCAUUCAACAACAGGCAAACUUAUUUUUCCUGCAGCUAGUAACCUCUUUCAAUGUUUGGAUACUGGAUUUUCGAAUGGAAGAUUAUUUCCAACCGAGAUCAGAAUAAAUCUUAUAGGAGCUAAGCUUAAUCCACAAAUAUGUCCCUCAAAUUCUGAUCUUGUUGCUUUCAUAAAUAAUCAAGAUAUUUAUGUGGCUCAUACAGUGACAGGAGACACUCAGCGGUUAACUUUUGCUCACAAGAACACCGGAAGCAUCGUGGAUGAUCCACUGUCUGCUGGAAUUCCCUCUUAUGUAAUACAAGAAGAAUUUUGUCGGUACCAAGGAUUUUGGUGGCAACCUACCACUAAUGAUGAUGUGUAUCGCAUUGCCUAUGAAGAAGUCGAUGAGAGUGAAGUUAAAAUAUAUGGUUUCCCUACUUAUUUGCACAAUAAUGGAGAUAUUGAAGAAUUCAGGUUUCCAAGAGCCGGAACCCCUAAUGCCAAAUCAACUUUGAAGCUCCUUGAAUUCAAAGUUUCUAGCACUUGUCAAAUUAUUGAUGUUAGAGAAUUAGAAAUGAUAACUCCAUUAAGUAUCCUCUUUCCUUGGAUGGAGUAUCUCGUUAGAGUUGGGUGGACACCUGAGUCUGAUUUCAUUUGGGUGCAGCUUCUAGAUCGAAAACAACAACAUCUUGAACUAGUUCUGAUAUCUGCUCAGUACUUUGUUGAAGUGUCAUCACCAGCUGUAUCCCCAGCUUCUUUUACACUAUCUCCACAAUCACCCUCUUACCUGUCAAAUUCAAACUCCCCACCUAUUAACCAUUUAAAUUAUGUCAAGAAGAAGCCAUUGGUUCAUACAUUAUGUAGUCAAGAAUCAGACCUUUGGAUAAAUGUGAAUAAUCUGUUGCACUUUUUCCCCAAAACAAAGCCAAAUGAAGUUAAAUUUAUUUGUGUAAAUGAAGAUACAGGCUUUAGGCACCUGUAUUUAUACACAGUCCCACUAUUAGGAGUGGCAAAUGGAAUUGAAGAAGCUUUUGAGGCAACUACAGGUCAAGUUCCAUCAAAUGGCAGCCAAAUCCCUCUAACUAGUGGUGAUUGGGAAGUUCUUGGCCAACAACUGUGGGUGGAUUCCGAAAAUGAUCUUGUGUUUUUCCUUGGCUUAAGGGAAAACCCUCUUGAGAAACAUUUGUAUGUUGUUUCCUUGAGACAACCUGGUGAAAUACGGCUCUUGACUCAGCCUGGCUAUUCAUAUAAUGUUGAUUUCAGUGAGGAUUGUAAACUGGUUGUUAUGUCAUACAGUAAUAUUCAAAAAUUACCAGUUUGUGAAGUUUUGAGAUUAACCAUACAUGACAAUAAUACAGUUGAUGGUAUUCAUCUAGCCCCUGUUGGUUAUCUCAUGGAACCGAGAA